AUGGCAGACCAACCAACCCAUCUUCCCCCUAGUGAACUGGGAACGAAGGAAUACUGGGAAACCUUCUACGCCCGCACCCUCUCCCACCUCUCCACCAGAAACCAACACCCCUCAGACCCCGAUACCACCACCCAGAAACCCGAAAAUGAAGACUCAGAAAACGACUCAGACUCAGAUUCAGACGCAGACGACGACUCCGACCCCGGCACAUCCUGGUUCUCCGAACACAAUGCCCCCGAAAAGGUCCUCGAUUUCUUGACCGAUGAUGAGUUUCCGCUCGCGCCUGCCAAUACUCUCCCCGCAUUGACGAACACAAGAUGGAAUGGAAAAGUGCUAGACGAUCAACCUAAACUUCUCGAUCUGGGGACUGGGAAUGGGAGUAUGUUAGCACUUCUACGGAAGAAAGGAGGGUAUACGGGGGAAAUGGUCGGGGUUGAUUAUUCGAGGCAGAGCGUUGAGUUGGCGAGGGAGUUGCAGAAGGGUAGGGGGCAUUCUGCCUACCAAGCCGACUCUGAUGAGUCUGAGGAUGAGGAUGAGAAUGACCCUCAACCUGAACCUACAGAGGGAGAGCGUGAGCGAGGCACGCAAAUCCGCUUCGAAGAAUACGACAUCCUCAACCCACCCCCGCAAGAAACACUGGAUUGGUUCCCGCAGACAAACGGGGGCUUCGAUAUUGUUCUUGAUAAGGGUACGUUUGACGCGAUCUCGUUAUCUGAGGAGACCGUUGCCGAGAAGCGUGUUUGCGAGCGGUAUCCUCCUGUUGUGGUGGGAUUAGUGCGCAGAGGCGGGUUUUUGGUUGUCACAAGUUGUAAUUGGACCGAGGAGGAGGUUGUUCGGUGGUUUGUUGAUGGGACGAGGGGGGAGUUGAGCGUCUGGGGUAGGGUUGAGUAUCCACGGUUUAGGUUUGGGGGGAAAGAAGGACAGGGGGUUUGUACGGUUUGUUUUCGGCGUUCUUGA